UGUAGUAGGGCAGCAGCGAGUUGGGACGCGUCUUUGGAGAGACAAGGUGGAGGAGAGGACUCAUCAUAACUUGUUUUUAUCCCUCUCGAAAGGGGAUCCACAGACGUGUCGGCCGGGUUUUUAGUCACUGUGAGUCGGCGGAGGAGUGUCAGUGGGUUAGUUAGUUACUCCCGGUCUCUUGGUCACCGGACAGCCUGCCGUCCAUCCAAUGUGCGUAAAAGGGCUCUAUUUCCUCACCGUCCUGUCUGGACUCGCAGCUUCAGGCGUGCUGCAGGUCAGUGGGAUGCGUAUAUACACAUCAGGGGAUAUGGAGGCAGUCAACGGGACGGAUGUUCGUCUGAAGUGCACAUUCCAGAGUUCCUCUCCCAUCAAUCCCAACGCCAUCAUCAUCUCCUGGAGCUUCAGACCCCUCAAACCAGGCCGAGAAGAGUCGGUGUUCCACUACCAGCAGAAACCAUAUCCUCCUAUAGAGGGAAUUUUCAGGAAGCGUGUUGUUUGGGCCGGUGACGUCAUGGGCCGUGAUGCAUCCAUCAUAAUUCAACAGGUCAAGUUCACCUACAACGGCACUUACAUCUGCCAGGUCAAGAAUCCGCCGGAUGUCCACGGCACGGUCGGAGAGAUUCGACUCCGUGUUGUCACCACAGCCUCUUUCUCCGAACUUCUCCUUCUGGCGUUGGCCAUCGGGGGCGGUAUUGCUGCUGUGGUCAUCCUCCUCAUCAUCAUUUUGUCCUGCAGGCGGUACAAGAAGAGGACACAGAGACAGCAGGAAGGGAACGAGGAGGCUUCCUGCAAAGAGAGAAAAGACCCCACUGUGUGGUAAGACCAAGAGAAACACAGAGGGAGAGGAAGAGGGCGAUAGAGAGAGGAACAGAAGAAUCACCCAUUUCCUCUCACGCUCUCCAUCUGAUUCUGGGGAUCGGCAUGUGGUGCUCCUUCUUGGGGCCUGGGGUUCUUUUCCUACUGGAUGCCUCACUUCCUCCUUCCUCUCCAAUCACAGUCUUUCGAUCCCAAAUUUGGACCAGUUGAUGGGCAGCUGUCAUUAACCAGAGAUAAAUUGAGAAUGUGCCUUUGUGUAGAAAGCUGUAGAUACAGAACUUUAGCCAGACUACUGUGUAUCUGUUAUAUCACCAUGUGCCUUUCAGAGAGAAACAAUUGUUUUAUCAAUUCAUCUUUUCCUGUUCAGCUAAAUGGGCUUCUAAAACACAUUUCCUGUUUAGAGUAAAUGUUUUGAUGAUACAGAGGUAGAACAAUGGUGUAUUCCUGCUGUUACUUUCUUACUAAUACAUUUCAAACCCCAACCUACCAAUGUAGUACAAACCACAUGCUUGAUAUAUUAUUUCAACAAACAAUAGAAACUGUGGAACAAUGAAUAAGCAGUGUCCUAUCUUCUACUGAAAUUCAGUUUUAAUUACCAGAUGAUGGGAAACAUUAUGAAACCCUAUACAAAUCUUUUAUCAACCCUCAUUUCAAUGAGCAUAUAUACAGUAUCAGCUGCCUGAUCCACUUUACUGUUCUUCUGAAUCUGCAGGAGGAUGCUGUUGUACAUUUCUGUUUUGUUUCACUACUGAAGUUAUAUCGCUGUAUUUUUCUGAGAUUCUGUGGUGUUAUUAGCCUGAUGUUGAGACUCCUGCAGAAAUAAUCAAGGUGCUAUCAAAUAACCAAAACAUGAUGGAAACACACAUUUCAUAUAGCACUUUUGUAAAAAAUGUUACCAGCACUUAAUUAAUUGCAAUAUCAAUUCUAAAUUUCAUUGACAAGGUGGCAAAUCUUUUUACCAACCAGUAGCCUCUCUGGUGGCUGAUGGUCUGUUUUGAACAAUGAGCUGUUUAUUUCUGGGCAAAUAGGACUUGUUUGUUUCUCUCUUGGGUUUUCAGAUCUGUCUACAAUAGAUGCUGUAACUUGCUACCGUCAAAACUGUGUUGCUAUAACUUACUGUAUGCACCAGACUUUAAAAGCCAAGCCUCUCAAGGAAAAGUUGACAAUAUUGCCGUCAUCAUGGUCGAUCAGAUUUCUUCAGACUUCACACACGAAUCUUUCAUUGAAAACCUCUACCUAUAAGAGAUGUCCAUAGAGAUUGACAGUUCAGAUGGCAUGUUGUCAGAGGUCAGCACCAAAGACCCGAGCUCCUCAGAGGAGGAGGGCCCAAGCUCAGACGACGAUGACGAUGGUGACGACUUAGUAGGUGGGGACAGACAGAGAGACAGAAACACUGAUGUGAAGCCAGCCAGGAAGCUUGCUGGAGGGGAUGUCCAGAUGGCACCCAUGGUUUACGUUUCACAAAUGGAGACUAGAUGAAAAGAGUGCCGCUGCUGCUGUGUCGAGAACAAGCACAUUGUUCAGGAACGGGAGGAAAAUGGAAAUAAAGUUCUGUUUGAAACGAGGAUCCAAAGUAUAGUAACUUUACUCUUGAGAGUCCAGAAAUAUUCAUAUGAGGAAAGAAAUGCUGGAUUAGACCUUAAAGGCUUCAGAAGUGAGACGCACUAAAACCGACUUUGUGUUCAAUAACUUUCCGUUGUUUUACAGAUGCAUCUUGUUAAACGUCCAGUGUGUAACAUUUAGGAGGAGAAAUUUAUUGGCAGAAAUGGAAUACAAUAUUUAUAUAUAUUAUGUUUUCAUUAGUGUAUAAUCGCCUGAAAAUAAGAAUCAUUGUGUUUUCGAUUACCUUAGAAUGAGCUGUUUUUAUCUACAGAGGGAGCGGGUCCCCUUCCAAGGAGGUCGCCAUGUUGCACUGCCAUGUUUCUACAGUAGCCCAGAAAGGACAAACCAAUCACUGGCUCUAGUGUUUUCGCGGGUUUCGCGGCCACCGCAGUUUCUCCUACAUGCUUGGAAGGGGAGGGUGAUGCGAGCGGUAUUCAAAUGGUUGCAAACUGCAAUUUCACCACUAGAUGCCACUAAAGCCUACACACUGGACCUUUAAGUGUGGGAAGUCAAUACCAAAAUCAGCCGCAACAUGCAAAUGAAAGUAGUCAGAAAGAAGAAGGUGACCUUUACAUGUAGAAUCUGUCGGAUCAUCUUUCAUAUUUCAGUCAGUUAUGCACACCAUCAUAAUACCUGCCAGUCUCACUUGUUAAAAGCAGUUUUAUCCUCCAACUGUAGGCUGAGGGGCUUAUGUCACAUCAGAUUACUUAAAAAAGCAUAAAUGUGAUGUUACUGCAAUUACGUCUGAAGGCCAAAUACUUGAUCAGUGAACGAGCAACCACAUGCACGCAUCUGUCCUGAGUGUUGUGUGGGAGCGCGCAGUCAGAUCUGAAAACCCUUUGAUUGAAAAAAUGUCCAUGAGAGCGUGUUUUCACUCCUGUGUCUGUGAACGCAUCACGUCUACUAACAAAUGAUUGUAAUACCUGUCUUUCUUCCUUUUCAUGACAGAGUUUUGUACUUGAUGUAAAACUGGGCAAUAUGUUUAUAGAUUUGUCUUUUUUUAGAUGCCAGAAGUAUUUUAUCAUGGUGUUUAAAAUGUCACUGUAUGUGUUUGUUUUAGAGCUUUUAUAAGAAAGAUUUUGUAAUAAAAAUGCCUUUGACCA